AUGCCGACCGCCCAUUCGAACACUCUCAGCGUCUAUGCCCUCGGCUCCAACUCCUCGUGCCAACUAGGCGUCGGGCACGCAGAGGACGUGUCAUCGGUUCCGCAACGAUGUAUUUUCGCGGUGGAGGCUGAGAUCGAUGACGAGACCGAGGCCGAAGCCGGGGUAGGGCUGGAGGUAUCUGAUGAUCAAGAAGCGCGCCGCGGCGGCGGCGGCGGCGAAUCUCCCUCACAAGCGACGCAGCGGCGUGGCCAGGAUCUCGAUCCCUCCGAAAUAGGUGAUAUCAGAAAGAUCGUCGCGGGCGGAAACCACACGGUCGUCCUGACGGAUCGUGGUCGCGUGUUUAUCGCUGGACGUGGUGCGGGCGGGUUGCGCGGCGUCGGGGGUGAGGCCGACGACGAUAUAUUCAGGGAGGUGACGAAGGGGAUUUUGGAGUUUUGUGCGCGUGAGGGUGACGGUGACGGCGAGUGUGACGGCGAGUGUGACGGCGAGGCCAUCACAGACGUGGCCGCUUCUUGGGACGUUUCGUUCGCAGUGGUAGGUGGGCGAGUUGUUGUCUGCUGGGGUAAUUUCGGUGGUUCUUGUAGUGUUUCCGCUACUGCUUCUUGCAUCACUCCCGCGGCUACGACUUCUUCUACGACUUCUGCGACCGGGGCACAGCAGAUGUGGACGGCGUUUGUCACAAACUACACGGAUGUCAAGGACAAGGUCACCAUUACAGCCAUCGAGGCGGGCAUGGCCCAUGUGGUGGUUCUUCUCUCCAAUGGUCAGGUAUACGGCUGGGGCGCUUCCCGGAAAGGACAGCUCGGCGAGCAAUAUCAAAGGGAGAAAAUCCUACGGGAUGCGCGCAGGCUUGAUGUCGGAUCGGACGGGAGACGACUACUGCCUUUCGCGCCGGAGAGGGUCAUCCUGGGAAGAGAAUACACCGUGUUCCUACGACGAGGCGAAAAGCUAGUCAUUUGGGGUUCAAUGUCUGGGAACAGGGACGCGGAGUGGUUGUUCGGACAGGACGAUAUGGCUGUCUCGGGAUGGAGCUCCGUCCAUGUUUUGUCCCCGUCGGGAGGUUCUUCUUCUGCAGUGGUCAAGAGUAUGGGCAAAAACAACCACGGGCAGUUUGCUCCAGCAAAUCUGCCGGCUGUAUGCACCAUGGCGGCUGGGAGCGAACACUGCGUCGCUCUUACCGUGGAGGGACAGGUUAUUGCAUGGGGAUGGGGAGAGCAUGGUAAUUGUGGAGAACAGGUCGAUGGCAAGGGGAAUGUGGUCGAUCGGUGGAAUGUGAUUCCUCUGCCUCAACUUGACCAAGGUACCGUUGUGAGGGAUGUCGCUGCUGGGUGCGCCACGACGUUCGUGAUCUGUGGCGCAGAUGAACGGUGA